AUGCCCGAAGAUGUUAUCGGUCCUUCUGAGUUUGCAGCACAUAUAAUAUGCUGGUUGUUGCCAAUCACUGUUGCAUCCUUUGCCGCUGGUACGCGAAGUAUUGGGUUUGAUCGUAAAACAGAUCUGUGCUUGCCGCAGAGAUCUUGUAGUGAUAUUGAUGAAGCUGACUGUACAAAGGGGAUAUUGACUGGGGAAUAUGUCACGUACGAAUCUGAUGUCAUUAUGCUGGCGUUUCAGGCUAUCAUUGUUAUUGGGUCUCUCCUGGGUUUGGCUUGUACAAUGUUAAUUGGUUUUGAAGCAUGGAAAGUUGGCCAUGGAACGAUCGAUGACCAAGAUGCCGAAGUAAGCGAACCAAUCAAACAGCGAAUGCAGGCAGUUUCGAGGCAAUCUUUGUUGUACAGUCUUGUGUACUUCAAUUCCUUUAUUUGGUUGUUCGUUGCAUUUGGAAAGUACGGAGAUGCUGAUUCCACCACGUACUAUGCAUUUCAAUUUCUAGCAUUCUUUUUCUACCCACUACAAGGAACGAUGUACUGCAUUGUUUACAUACGCCCAAGGUACCAAAUGCUUCGGGUCAUGUACCCAGAGGAUCCAGUGACCGUUGUCCUUCGGGUUUCACUUUCGACUGCAGGUGACCCAGAUGAAAUUGAGCACGUUCGGGCAGCAAUUUUUGGGGAUGCCUAUGUUCCACCGCCCAGUGUAGCAUCUUCGAGCACUCCCUCAAGAGAUUCAGGUUUGCCAGAGACCAUUCAGUUUGAUCCAAAUUGCGCGAUUUCGGUUGGUUCAGCCGUAUCCACACCUGAUGGAACUGAUGAACAAUCUUCAAGCCUUGCAAGAGAAGACUAG